AUGCGCCGCCAGGCCGACACCAUCCGCGAACUGCGGGCGCGGCUGGCAGCGCUCGAGGCCCCGGCCGGCGUGGCGCGGCGGCGCCGCAUAAAGGAGCUUGAGGGCCAGGUGGAGUCACUCCAGCGGGCCCUCGCCUCCCGCCACCCAAACUCGCUGCCCGCCGUGCUGCAGGCCGCGCGGCCGCCCCCCGCCGAGGGCCGCCUUGUGGCGGCGCUGCAGGCGGAGGUGGAGGCCCUGCAGGAGCGCCUGGCUGGCGCGCAGCGGGGCCACGAGCACGCGCUCAGGGCGCUGCAGCAGCAGUAUGAGCAGCUAAAGGCGCGCGCGGCGGGGGAGCGGGAGCGGGAGCGGCUGGAGGCCUCGCGCCGCGGCGGCGCACGCUCGCAAGACCUGGAGAGGCGCCUGCAGGAGGCGCAGGAGCAGCACGCCCGCCGCGUCAGGACGCUCGAGGCGCGCGCCGCCGCCGCAGAGGCCGCGGCCUGGGGCCGGCAGGAGGCGACAGCAGGGGAGGAUGGCGGCCGCGAAGGUGACCAGGCGGGGACGGACGAGCUAGUGGCGGAAUUGCGGGGUGAGCUGGCGCUGCGGGACAAGCAGCUGGCGCAGUCGCAGCAGCGGCUGAAGGAAUUGGAGCGUCAGGUGCGGCAGCUGCAGCGCCAGCAGCAGCAGGGGCAGCAGCAGGAGGAGCAGCAGCAGCAGCAGCAGCGGUCAGGACCUGCCCGAGUCCAGCAGAAUGCGCCGGCGCCUCUGGUGGACGACACAGCACUGGUCGUGGCGCCUGCCUCAACUGCAGAGGGGCAGCAGCGGCCCGCCAACCCUGAGACGGCAAUCAACCAGCAGCAGCAGCAGCAGCAGCAGCAGCAGCAGCAGUUGCGCUUGGAGCUGGCCGCGGCCCAGGGCGCCCUCGCGCUGCUGCAGCGCUCCCACUCGGAGCUGCUGCAGCGGGUGGUGGAGCUAGGGGCGGGCCAGCAGCGGGCGGUGGCGGAGGCCGGGCAGGAGGCUGCGGCGCGAGAGGCAGGGCGGUGGAUGCAGCGGGCCGAGCAGCUUGAGCAGGCCCUGCGGGCGGCAGAGCGCGAGGUGGAGGGCCUGGAGGCCGCCCUCGCCACCGCGGAGCGCGCCGCGCCGCCGAGCCUGCGCGACUUCCUGUCGCUGGAGCGCCGCCUGGGCCGCAUGGCGCAGGAGAUGGCGGCCGGAGAGGCGCGCUGGCGGGACGCGCUAGGCGAGGCGCUGGGCGGGCGCCGCGCCGCGGGCGUCGACGCCGGGGCGGGGCUGCGGGACGCUGAGGCGCGGCACGCGGCUGAGCUGGCGGCGCGGGACGCGGUUAUUGCGCGGCUGAGGCUGGAGGUGGACGAGCUGCUGGACGCGGCGCGCGCGCUGCAGCUGCGGGCGAGCUCGGCGGGGGCCUCACGAGCCUGA